AUGGUGCAAACAAUCCCUUUCGGAAGUAUCCAGGUCCCGGUACCAGGCUAUGGAGCCAUGGGUCUCAGCCAUGGCCUAGGGAACAACUUGAGCCUCGAAGAAGCCGAGCCUGUUCUCCUGAAGGCUAUUGAGCUCGGGUGCACAUUCUGGGAUACCGCAGUGGUUUAUCGCCAAGGUGUCAAUGAGAAGCUCCUUGGAGAUUUUAUUCGCAAGCACAACCUCCGUGACAAAAUCUUCAGUAAACCCAACCCAUGUAUUCUGUUUUGUUUCAUGUUUCUGAUUCGAGUGCCUGCUCUAGUUGCCUCAAAGUGUGGCUUUACUGCGGAUUUCAAAGUUACCAACUCAGCCUCACAUAUCGCAGAGUACAUUGACGGUACUAUCGAGAGGCUAGGAUUCGCGCCGGACCUAUAUUAUCUCCACAGAAUUGAUCCAAACACUCCGCUUGAGGAGUCCAUCCCCGCGCUGGACGCACUCCGAAAGCAGGGAAAGACCAAGUACAUUGGGCUUUCCGAGUGCUCAGCCGCAACUCUCCGUAAAGCUAACUCCAUUGCCAAAAUAGAUGCCAUUCAAGCAGAAUAUUCGGCGUUUGAGACCAUCCACGAAACAGAUGGACUCAUUGACACCGCGAAAGAGUUGGGAGUGGCAUACGUGGCCUAUAGCCCAUUGGGCCAUGGCUGGCUGGUUGAUGAUUUUCCUUACAAGACGCCUGACGACUUCGCGGCGGACGACUUUCGCCGAGGAUCCCCUAAAUUUCAAGGAGAAAACUUCUUCAAGAACAAAGCCAUUGUUGAGGCGAUGAAGCAGCUGGCGGUCCGCAAAGGCUGCACCUUGCCUCAAAUCGCUCUAGCUUGGGUUGCCGCUCAAGGGAUGAUCGCCAUCCCUGGAACCACGAAAGUACAACGACUUGAGGAGAACUUUUCUUCAAGGAACGUGGAGCUUACGGAUGAGGAAAAGAGGGAAAUCAGAAAGAUUGUGAACGAUGCUAAGCCCGCGGGGAACCGGUACGGCCCUGCUCACCAAGCAAUGGUCGGACAU